GGAGCCGGCGAGUUACCUAGGGGUGUGCGGGGACUGCCCCGCGACUGUGGACGAUGCCGUACCUUGGCUCCGAGGACGUGGUGAAGGAGCUGAAGAAAGCUCUGUGUAACCCUCACAUUCAGGCGGAUAGGCUGCGCUACCGGAAUGUCAUCCAGCGAGUGAUUAGGCACAUGACUCAGGGCUUGGACAUGUCUGGUGUUUUCAUGGAAAUGGUGAAGGCCAGUGCCACCGUAGAUAUUGUUCAGAAGAAGUUGGUUUAUCUGUACAUGUGUACCUAUGCCCCCCUGAAACCAGAUCUGGCUCUCUUGGCCAUUAAUACGCUGUGCAAAGACUGUUCGGAUCCCAAUCCAAUGGUGCGGGGGCUGGCAUUACGGAGCAUGUGUAGUCUCAGGAUGCCUGGUGUGCAGGAAUACAUCCAACAGCCUAUUCUCAAUGGUCUGCGAGAUAAGGCUUCAUAUGUCAGGAGGGUGGCAGUCCUUGGUUGUGCCAAGAUGCAUAAUCUUCACGGAGACUCGGAAGUGGACGGUGCCCUGGUAAAUGAAUUAUACAGUUUGCUGCGUGACCAGGAUCCAAUUGUGGUUGUGAACUGCCUGAGGUCUCUAGAGGAAAUUCUGAGACAGGAAGGAGGUGUUGUCAUCAACAAGCCCAUCGCCCACCAUCUCUUAAAUCGAAUGCCAAAACUGGACCAAUGGGGCCAGGCUGAAGUAUUGAACUUUCUGCUACGCUACGAACCCCGCAGUGAGGAGGAGCUGUUUGACAUUCUCAAUCUGUUGGAUAGCUUUCUCAAGAGCAGUAGCCCAGGUGUGGUGAUGGGAGCCACGAAACUCUUUCUGAUCUUGGCAAAAAAAUUCCCCCACGUACAAACCGACGUGCUUGUGCAAGUCAAGGGACCUUUGCUGGCCGCCUGUUCUUCAGAGAGCCGCGAGCUCUGCUUUGCUGCCCUCUGUCAUGUGCGUCAGAUCUUGCAUAGUCUGCCGGGUCACUUUAGCAGCCACUACAAAAAGUUUUUUUGCUCUUACUCGGAGCCACACUACAUCAAGCUGCAGAAGGUGGAGGUGCUGUGUGAGCUGGUGAACGAUGAGAACGUGCAGCAGGUGCUAGAGGAGCUCCGGGGCUACUGUACCGAUGUGUCAGCUGACUUUGCCCAGGCUGCCAUCUUUGCCAUAGGUGGUAUUGCCAGGACCUACACAGAUCAGUGUGUGCAGAUUCUAACAGAGUUGCUGGGGCUUCGACAAGAGCACAUCACCACAGUGGUGGUGCAAACUUUCCGAGACCUGGUUUGGUUGUGUCCUCAGUGUACGGAAGCUGUGUGUCAGGCCCUGCCCGGCUGUGAGGAGAACAUUCAAGAUAGCGAGGGGAAACAGGCCCUUAUUUGGCUCCUUGGUGUCCAUGGGGAGAGAAUUCCCAAUGCUCCCUAUGUGUUGGAAGACUUCGUGGAGAAUGUGAAGUCAGAGACGUUUCCAGCUGUGACGAUGGAGCUGCUCACUGCGCUGCUGCGCCUUUUCCUCUCCCGGCCCGCCGAGUGCCAGGACACGCUGGGGCGCCUGUUACAUUACUGCAUAGAGGAAGAAAAGAAUAUGGCAGUACGAGACCGAGGUCUCUUUUAUUACCGCCUUCUCUUAGCCGGCAUUGAUGAAGUGAAGCAGAUCCUCUGUAGCCCUAAAUCUGACCCUUCUCUUGGACUUUUGGAAGAUCAGGCAGAAAGACCUGUGAAUAGCUGGGCCUCGGACUUCAACACGCUGGUGCCAGUCUAUGGCAAAGCCCGCUGGGCAACCAUCUCUAAAUACCAGGGGGCAGAGCGUCGGGGCCCAGAGCUUCCUGACACUGCGUCCUUUGCCACCUCAGGUCCCCUGAUUCCUGAAGAGAACAAGGAGAGGGUACAAGAACUCCCUGAUUCUGGAGCCCUCGUGCUAGUCCCCAAUUGCCAGCUUACUGCUGAGUAUUUUGAGAAAACUUGGUUUAGCCUGAAAGUUGCUCAUCAGCAGGUGUUCCCUUGGCGGGGAGCAGUCCAUCCUGACACUCUCCAGAUGGCCCUACAAGUAGUGAACAUCCAGACCAUCGCAAUGAGCAGGGCUGGGGCUCACCCGUGGAAAGCCUAUCUCAGUGCUCAGGAUGACACUGGGUGUCUGUUCCUAACAGAACUGCUGUUGGAGUCCGAGAACUCGGAAAUGCAGAUCUCUGUGAAACAAAAUGAGCCGAGGACCGAGACACUGAAUAGUUUUAUUUCUGUAUUAGAAACUGUGUUUGGAACAAUUGGAGACAUAAAAUCAUAA